AUACCGAACCUCCGUGAACCUACUUGGCUCAUGGACACCGGUGCCUCUCACCAUAUUGCCUCAGAUCCAAGUACUAUUUCUCAUGUUUAUUCUUCUCCUUUAAAUUCACCACCGCUCAUCACUGUAGGUGAUGGAUCAAAAGUUCGUGUUACGGCUAUUGGAUCUUCAGACGGGAGCCGUGAUACAUUGCUCCAAUAACGACAGACCUCUCUAUCCCCUGCGCCCUCACACGCCAAUCGUCCAGUUUCGGCCAUCCCAUUUUAGAGAGAAGAAAAAUCCUAUUUUGUGUUCAAAGUUAUUUUUCUAAAGUGUUAGAAAUAUACACAAAAUAUUAUAAAGAAAUAUUUAUAAGAUAAAUAUUUUACUAUAUAUUUAUUACUCCCAAAGUAGUAUUAUUAUAGUUUUUACUAUCCUAAAUUAAACUUGCUAGCACAAGUUUAAUCUAGGACUCCGGAGCAAAUGUCAUAGGAAAAAUUGUUGGGCGAUCAAAAGUUCAAACGUACUUUAAACGGGGUGGAGAAGAGAAGCUAAUGGAAAUAACACUUGAGGAUCAUGACCUACCUCUACAAGUUGAUGAUGUGAGUAGCUUGAAUACUUUGAUGAUGGAUGGUGGAAAUGAAGAAGUGAAUGAGCCUCUAAAAAUCACCCCUUUGAAGACUCUGAUUGAUACAACUAAGCCCGGGACAUAUUGGAUUCUUGGUGAGAUUUCAUAUCUUGAAAAUACACCUGAUUGGUGUUACUUGGGGUGCAUCGAAUGCAACAAGAAGGUUAUACCUGAUGGUUCCCAAUUUACAUGUUCGGGAUGUGAUCUUAGGAUGCCGCAUGGUGUUUACAAGUUUAAAGUUAAUGUCCACGUUUUUGACAUCACCGGCCAUGCCUCUUUUAUGCUUUGGGACCGAGAGUGCAAAGACAUAUUGGGUGGGAGUGCCCUUCUUCUAAGAGAGAUGAUGCUUGAGAGAAAGAUGGACCCAAAUUUGUUCCCGGAAGAGCAGAACCAUUUAAUUGGGAGAAAAGGUUUGUUUAAUGUUGUUGUCAAGUCCGAGGGGGGUAGUCCUCAUUGGAACGGUCCCAGAUCUUUUGGGGUACGGUCUUUUGUUUCAGAUCCAAGAAUUCUCAAGAAGUAUGAACAUGUUUUGGACAUUGUUGAUGAUGACUCAAAGGAAGAUGUUGAUUUGUGGAAUUCUCUUGAAGAUCUUAGUCAAAAAGUUGAAAUAGUGAUUGGAUCAAACAACCUAAGUUCUAGCCAAGGCGAGGCGACUUCACGGAGGAAGAUGGAUGCUAUUGAUGAGAAUGAUCCCGUUAAGAGACAACUUCUUGACGAGCUCUCAACAACUUCCAAGAAGAAGGUGAAAAGGGAGCAUUUGGAAAAAUGAAUGUUUGGAAAUCUGUACUGAUUGAAACCCAUGGGGAAGAACAUGAUUUGGUUUUUUGUCUUUUUUGCACAUUCCUGGACUUUGUCCAGUUAUCCUAUGGGGUUUAGACAAUUUCUGAAAUAUUUGUGGCAUAUCCAGUUUGUUAUCUGGAUAUUAUAUUAUGUUGAUUUUAAUAUUUUGCUACAAUGGGGUAUUUCCAUAUGUUGAAAUGGAAAUUUUCUUAUAUGUUCUUCAAUCGGAUAUUAAUAUAUUAGUUGUGUUUUG